GCUGAGACGGUCCGAGUCGGGGGAUGUUUAUAAAUAGACGCUUGCUGGUGAUUCAUCAGCUGCUCGUGUUCGCCGCAUCCUAACUUGGCCGCCGCUGGAUGCUGAUGACGGGCCGCUUCGCCUCCUGUCACUCUGAUGGAGCUCCGACACGGAAACGCUGAGGAACGACAAAUCGGAACCGGAGAGCAACAGGCCAGUUAGAUCCGGUUCGGAAGAGGAGGGGACCCGCUGCGGCGGCGGCGGCGGCGGCGGUGGCAUGUUCUGAUCGGAGAGCCGGAAGAGCAGCUGCUGCUGGCGGGAUGAAGGCUCCGCGGAGACCGAGGCAGACGCUGCUCCUUCCCCGGCUGUGUGUCGGCGCGGCGGGUCUGCUCGCAGCUGUCUGGGUCUUCCACCUCUCUGAAAUUACAGGUUUCCAGGGCCAAACUGAGGAGACUGGCAGGCACUUCUCUAAAAGAGAACUCAUCCAGCAAACAGAGGACAACCACAAUGGCAGUAUUUCCAGAUCUGCUAUACACGAGUUCCCAGAGGACAUCUUUACUCUGGCUCAGAGGAGGCAGGGAGCCAUGCUCCUGCAUGUUCUGUGUGCGAUCUACAUGUUUCAUGCUCUGGCCAUUGUGUGUGAUGUUUACUUUGUGCCAUCACUGGAAAAAGUAUCAGAGAACCUCCAGCUCAGUCAGGAUGUUGCCGGGGCAACCUUCAUGGCAGCUGGGAGCUCCGCCCCUGAACUCUUCACCUCUCUGAUUGGCGUGUUCAUCACAAAGGGAGAUGUUGGUGUGGGGACUAUUGUGGGAUCAGCGGUUUUUAACAUCCUGGUCAUUAUUGGGCUCUGCGGCAUCUUCUCCGGACAGCCCAUCUCUCUGAACUGGUGGCCUCUGUUUCGUGAUGCUGCUUUUUACAUCCUGUCCAUAGUGGUGCUUAUUCUGGUGAUCUAUGAUGAAAAAGUCCUGUGGUGGGAGACUAUCAUCCUGAUCUCCAUGUACGGCAUCUACAUAAUCAUCAUGAAGUUCAACAGACGCCUGUGCUGCCUGGUGGAGAGACACUGCAGCGUGGACGGUCAGCCGUGUCUGAGCAGUCUGCGCCGGACGACCGCUGUCGGAAACGUCGGAGACGGCGAAAAUGACAUGGUGCCGCUGAAGCCAGACUCGUGUGUGGUGGCCGGUCAGGACUCGGGCGUGGCGCCGGCGGAUGAGCUACCGAACCUUCGCUCUCAUCAGCUCAGCUUCUCAGAGAGGCAGAGGCUGAUUCGAGCUCGGGUGAGCCCAGAGGAGGGCGCAUGUCCGGGGGAAGAAGGGUCGGGUCCGGGCGCGACCUGGGGGAGAGAAAACGGGGCGGCAGUGGAGGGAGAGAGGGAGAGGGGUAAGGAAUCAGGGGGAGAGACCGGCGGGGGCGCUCAGCUGAAAGAGGACGAGGAGGAAGAAGAGGAUGAGGAGGAAGAGGAGGAAGAAAACUCUCCUUUCAAACCCUUCAUCCUGCCACAUGGCUGGUGUGUUCGACUGAAGUGGCUGCUGUCCUGGCCUCUCAGCUUCCUGCUGCACUGCACCAUCCCCGACUGCAACCAGCCGCGAUGGGAGCGCUGGUACCUCCUCACCUUCCUGUCCUCCACUCUCUGGAUUGCUCUCUUCUCCUACCUCAUGGUCUGGAUGGUGACCAUAAUCAGCUACACACUCGGGAUCCCGGAUGUCAUCAUGGGCAUCACGUUCCUGGCAGCUGGCACCAGCGUUCCUGACUGCAUGGCCAGCCUCAUUGUCGCCAGGCAAGGGAUGGGCGACAUGGCCGUGUCCAACUCCAUUGGGAGUAAUAUCUUUGACGUACUGCUGGGCCUGGGCUUCCCCUGGGCCCUGAGGACUCUCAUAGUCAGCUAUGGAUCAGUGGUUACGAUCAACAGUAAAGGCCUGGUGUACUCUGUCAUUCUGCUGCUGGCCUCAGUCACACUCACUGUCCUGUGUGUCCAUCUGAACCGCUGGAAGUUGGACCGCCGGCUGGGCCUCUGUCUCCUGCUGCUUUACUCCAUCUUCCUUCUCUGCUCCGUCGGCUUCGAGCGGCUGUAGAGCUGGAGCGAACGCGCCCCGUAAACACAGACAGGUUUCCUGACUUGUUUUCCUACUUCACUGACGCCGUCCCGUCUUCUCAAACACGUGUUUUGAUUUUGUAUCCUCGUGGCUCUAUGCGUUACUGCGACACCGGAUGUCUGUAGGUGAUGUUUACCUUUGAUAAAUGAGUAUUUUAAAUAGUUUUGUACUAAAGCACUUCAGGACCCCAGAAGAAAAGCGUUUCUAAAGUGUCAAAUUUAUAUACCUGAACCCAAAAGUGAGUUUGGAACCUCAGAGAGAAGAUUAUAGUGGGUUUAGGUUUAUAUAGUUGCUUCCCAUUUUGUGCACUUUUAUCAUAUAUGCUUAGUGUCACAGUUUUUAUCUCACUACUGUGUUUGUUAUUGUAAACAACAUAGCAUGUCUGAUCCCGAUGUUUGCACAAAGUGACUGUUAUCCUGCCUAAAAGCUUAUCAAGUCAGAGUGUUUGGGUCACAUUCCUAACGUUUAAGUGCAAUAAAAUGUUACGCACAGUUCCUCCUGAAAAUGAAUCACCUUUGUUUUGCUCUCUUGUUCCUAAAUCUAAACAUCUCAGCAGAAUCUGAUCUGUGGAUGGUGGAGUAAAACCGGCUCUUUGCUGAUAUCCAAAAAGAAAACCCUCACGUACAUUGAAACAAAUGACCAUCUAAUUAUUUAUGAAGAAAAUCAUGACAUUAAUUUGUCAAAAAUGUUAAGUACUACUUAUUUACUUGAGUAUUUUGUGACACAGUUGAGGUUCAUAUGUGUGACUUCUUGUAUUUCAUGUAGAAGAAAAUAAACCUCCUUUUUGUAGCCAUUUGCUGGAGCACUUUCAGUGAAAAACUGAUUUAAAUUUAUUCUCUGCCAAACACAAGAUGAUAUUUGAAAAUAAAACUGUCAACACGAA